AUGCAUACUUGGGCAGUUUUCGCGACACUCGCGGCAGCAGCAGCUGCCGUGCAGAGUAACCCUCAUAUCAAAGCCAAACAAUCCAAGCCUCUCAUCCCGGCGCUGAAUAAACGCUCAGUUGAGGUCGAGAAAAGCAUCAGCCAUCAAUAUCUUACCAACAAAACAGAGAAAUUUGCCGUCAACGGCACCAAUUUCCCCCAAGUACCCUUCGACAUCGGCGAGUCAUACGCCGGUCUCCUCGACAACACCCCUUCCGGCAACUCAAGUCUAUUCUUCUGGUUCUUUCCCACGGUAAAUCCAAACUGCGACAACGAGAAAGAAAUCACCAUCUGGCUCAACGGCGGACCCGGUUGCAGCUCUCUCGACGGCCUGCUUCAAGAGAAUGGCCCCUUUUCGUGGCAAUCGGGUGUCUAUCAGCCCGUGCGAAACCCAUAUUCGUUCAACAACUUGACGAAUGUGGUUUACGUUGAUCAGCCAGCCGGUACGGGCUUUUCGCCUGGUCCGGCGACCGUUCAGAAUGAGGUUGAUGUUUCAAAUCAAUUCAAUGAUUUCUGGAAGCGGUUCAUUGAUACUUUCGACAUGCAAGGAUACAAGGUGUACAUCACCGGUGAGAGUUACGCGGGACAGUAUAUUCCUUAUCUUGCGGAGGGAUUUAUCAACCAGAAUGAUACGGAGUAUUUUAACCUGAAGGGCAUUCAGAUCAAUGAUCCUAGUAUCAAUGACGAUUCGGUGAUGAUAUACGCCCCUGCCGUGGCCGCGCUGAAUUACUUCUCUAACGUUUUUGGGCUGAACGAUACGUUCAUGGAACAAAUCAACGCCGCCGAUGCCCAAUGCGGCUACACGGAUUUCCUCAACAAGGCACUCACCUACCCACCGCCCAGCGACUUUCCAUCCCUGGACAGCGCAAACGGCGCUGGAUGCGAUACAUGGGACCAAAUCAUCGCUGCAGUCACCUUGAUAAACCCAUGUUUCAACAUCUAUCAUCUCACCGAUUUCUGCCCUUUUCUCUGGGACGAAAUGGGAUUUCCUUCCGUAGCCCAAGGACCGAACGAUUACUUCAACCAGAGCGAUGUGCAGGCUGCACUGCAUGCUCCUCCGACGGAUUACUCCGUCUGCGGUGAAGCGAAUAUCUUCCCCAAUGGCGACGGCUCCGUCCCGAGCGCUUUGGGCCCCUUGCCCGGUGUCAUUGAAGCCACCAACAACGUCCUAAUUGGCCAUGGAUGGUACGAUUAUUUGCUGUUCUUGAAUGGUUCCCUCGCAACGAUUCAGAACAUGACCUGGAACGGCGCUCAGGGUUUCCAGUCUCCGCCUACGGAGGAGUUGUUUGUACCGUAUACGGCCGGUAGUCAGGUUGAUCCUGUGACUUGGAGUGGUGGUGGUGGAAUUCUGGGAACUGCGCAUACGGAGCGUGGGUUAACUUUUUCGAGUGUUUAUGGAUCUGGACAUGAAAUCCCGCAAUAUGUUCCUGGGGCUGCUUAUCGUCAGCUCGAGUUCCUGCUAGGCAGGAUUGACAAUUUGACGGUGGUGGGACCUUUUACGACCCAGCAGUAA